AUGAACUUUUUGAGACCCUUUCAAUUGCAGAAGAAUGUCGCUGUUCAGUUUAGAAAGCUAAUGACUUCACCCACAAAGUUUGGAAAACCCAGAUUUGCAUCCACGUUUUGCUCGCCCACAAAAGUUGGAAAUGCCCGCUUCGUUUCCCCAAGUUUGAUUGGGUUUGCUACUGCCACAUCUUUGGCACUAAUUCUGCCACAGCUUUCUAGCAAACACGCCAUUCGUAACGAUACAAUCCUGGGCGUCAAACAGCGACACGAUAUGCUUCCAGAAGAGGUUGGUCUUCCUUCGCAACGUAAAAGUUCUUUAGGUCGCAAGCUAAACUACAGGCAAUUGUGUUUGGGCUCGAUCAUUGGGCUUGUUGCCGGGGUCCUGGUAGGCAAAAUUUCUACGGUGCUGGUCUUUGUAACUGCUUGUGGACUACUCGGUAUUCAGUGGCUUGAAAACCGAGGACUGGUAGAUAAGAAAUCAACUAUUGGGCUUUCCAAGUAUAUGAUCAAAACGGGCAAAGAUUCUGUGGAUUUGAAUACCUUGGUGUGGGAAAAACCUAGUUUCAAGGUUCCGUUCUUGUUGACCUUUGUCUUGGCCGCAAUCAAUAUAUGA